AUGUUCCACGGAGAAUUGAACCAGCUGCGCAUUAAUUCUGCAUUUUGUGCUUUUCUAGGUCUCCAGAGAGAGCCCAAUCCCUGUCCUGUAAUAACUGUAGAGCACUUUAAAGAAUCAACGGGCGUUAAAGGCCUUCCCCUGUAUCCAGACCCCUCCAGAGUACCUGACACAAAAACACAGAACAAUUUAGAAUCUGACUACUUGGCCAGAGAUGGCCCUUCAAGCAACAGCUCAUUCCACAGCAGCGAGGAGGAAGGGACUGACCUCGAGGGGGACAUGCUAGACUGCAGUGGGUCUCGCCCUCUCCUCAUGGAAUCUGAAGACGAGGAUGAGAGCUGCAAGCCUCUGCAGGGGAAGCUGGGAGGAGCCAUUCCAUUCGCUCAGCCAGAAGUCUCUACUGAGCCAGCAAAGGCAGUGCAAGGUGGAAAAAAGAACCAGUUUCAAGCCCCUACACAACCAACCACUGAUGGUGUUGGUGAGCCAGAUGUUUUUGCCACAGCCCCCUUUAAGAGCUCAAGGGUUCCAACGGACGAAAUGGACAUUUUCUCCAAAGCCCCUUUUGUCUCCAAGGGCAGUGUGGCUCCUUCCCAGCCAGAGGAGGCGGAUGUGUUCUUAAGAGCUCCUUUUACCAAGAAGAAAAGUAUGGAGGAGGUAACAGUUGCCCAGAGCGCCUCCCAGGAGUUGCCCACACAGGCCGGUCUCAGUCAGACAGACGAGGUCGCUCAGCUCUCAGGCCUUGACAGAGCAGUGUACUCUGUCCGAUCUCAGUAUUCCAUGGCUGGUUUUGCCCAACAAUCCAACCUCCCCUCCCAUUCUGUACAAGCAGCAGACCAUCCUGACAGCAUCUCACCCAGGGGAGCCUCCCUGGAAUCUGGGGGCCAUCUUAACGACAGAAACAAAGGACUUCAGCCUCAGAAAGAAGCUGCCUCGGGCCCCAUGGCUGGCAAAUCAUUCCGCCCCCAGUCUUUAUCCAAAUAUUCCCGUCACUAUAGCCCAGAAGAUGAGCCAAGUCCUGAAGCGCAGCCCAUUGCUGCCUACAAAAUCGUUUCGCAAACCAACAGGCAGUCCAUAGCUGGCUCUGUUUCCAUCACAUCCCUUCCUUCCAGGACUACGGAGCUGCCAGCUGCUGAUCCUUUUGCUUUAGCACCCUUUCCUUCAAAAUCAGGCAAGCAGAAACCUUAG